UUGUAUCACAAUAUGCGAGCGUUGAAACGUCGCUCCGCCGUUGCUGGUCAUCGGACAAUCUAUUUCCAGCGAGGUUGCUCGGUUUCGCAGCCGCCUUUCCGUCCCCCAGUGCGGGCUCGUAGUGCCAAGCAGUAGCAUGUACAUCGACCCGACAACGAAUCAAACGGUGCCGUGGAACGCACUGUGCACGUCGGCGGUGGCCGCGACCGUCGACUGGCCGACCGUGUGUGCGAUGAACUACAGCGCCAACUGGCCGUGCUGCGGCUUUGAUUUCUUCAACUACCUUCCGUGCCUUUCGCUCUGGCCACUCUAUGGCUGUCUCACGGCCGUCUUUUGCUGGUACUCGGAUAUCUUUGUCGACUUCAAGUCGACAGUCGACGAACUCCAUCACAUCCAAACCCAAGCCUUGGGCGUCGUGAUUGCGCGCCAAAAACAAAUCGUCAUGGGCAAGCAAGUGAGCGAUCCGCGGCGGCUCCUCAUGCUCCUUGCUAUGUGGACCGAGCUGCCCGGCUUUAGCUUCAUUCCGUACCAGCUGCUGUUCACGUUGUACAGCGGGGGCAACUACACCGCCCAGUUUCCAAGCUCGAUACAGCUCGGCAAAUUCGUGCUCUUGACCACGUUUUUGAUCUUUUACAUGGGCGCGCCAGUGCUCGGUCCCCGCGUCGAGACGAUUCGCCACCAAGUGCUCGCUCCAUUCCUCUUCGAUUCGUGCUUUAUGACGUACCUAUACUCGAUCGUCGACGUCGGUGGCUGCGCCAAUGGCAUGGACCAAGCGACGUGGCUCGGCGGCAGCUGCGGCCACCCGCAGCAUUAUUGGGUCUUCUUUCUCAUGGCGCUGCUCGUCUUUGUCGUGUACUAUUGGGGGACGCUGCAGUACAAGUUGAAACUCUCGGACCAAGUGUUUGCGGUCCGAUUUCGCUUCCAGACGUCGUUCAAUUCGCUCAUGACGUUUACGCGCACUGCAUGCUGCCUCGGGUUUUACACGAUGCAAAAACUUGUGCUCUACUCAUCCCCGGCCCACGUCACAAUCGCAUUGAGCCUUCUCAACGGUGGUCUCUUUGCGAUGCUCUUGCGCUACAACUAUCGCAUGCAACCGUGCCUCGGCGUCGGGCGCUUCCCCAACAACCUCCGGACACUUUCGUUUGCGACUUCGUGCUACACGUCCUUUGCCGCCUUUCUUUUCGGCGUCAUUGUCAAGGCCCAAGGCAAAAUGACAGCGUCGCCCUCGGAUUUGUAUGUGAUUUUGGCGCUCGCCGUCGUGUACCCGGUGUUUGCCCUCUACGUGUGGCGGUUCAACCACCGACGCGCCACGCUGUUUCAAGUGCCCAACCUCAGCCUUCUCGAGUCGCUCGAGCACCCGACGCCCCGCGUCCGCGCGAUUGCCGCCGUCUGCGUCACCCUCGAACCGUUCGCCAAUAUGCACGAAAUCGAGCUGAUUGUCGAGCAGCUCGAGGCCAACUUGCAGCGAGACUCGUCUGCAGAGCGCUUUAUGGUUGGUGCAUACACGUGCCAAGCGUUGUGGCACCUUUGGUUCAAGUACUUUCACAUGCGCCAGUGCGUGUUUGAGCUCGACGAGCCCGAGUUUUGCCUUCCGUUUGGGAAGUGGAAAACGGUGGCCGCGCCUCGCAUUCUGCCGCGGCUACACGGCGCACAAGUCUCGUCGCUCGCGUCACGUCUGUGGCAGUCGGAGCGGGGCUGGCUUCUCACGGGCACCGAUCACCUUCGCGCGCGCCUCGAGUCGUUCAAGCCACAAACGCAAGGCCGCCGACUCGUCCAGCUCGUCCAGCGCGCGUCCGACAUUGGCUGGACGACGCGCAACCAAAAGCUACUCGCAUCGCCACUCAUACAACGCUGUUUCGAGAAGACCGUGCACAUGUGUGCCCAUCUUUUGCGCUGCCACUCGCCGGUCGCGCGCCAGCUCUGCGCCAAGCUGCUGCAUGAAAUGUACACCUGCGAGUGCGUCCGACUGACGAAAAGCACCAUGAUUGCCAUGAUGUGCAUUCUCUGCGGCAGCGAGCAAGAAACACUCGCCAAGUCGGCGGUGCUCACGAUUCUAAGUUUGUUUCAAGACCAGCUGCACGCGAUGCCAUCCGACGUGGUGCGCCUCGCGACCACGUUGCAUCUGAUGCACAUGUCAGAGUUUGUGCGACGCCACCACGCGCGCAACGACAACCUUUCGGUGCGGCUACUGCAUUUUUUGAUCGAGCUCAUUGACGCUAUAUCACCGCUCAAGAUUGAGCCGCCCAACUACCUCUGCGCCGAGUACGUGGAAAAUCUCAUGGUUGCCCAGACCGAGUGCAACCUGUACUCGAUGCACCUAUUGAUUGACAAGCACUGUGCCGGGCUACAUGCAAUCUACGCUGCUUACAUGCGGCAGGUCGGCCGGCAGCAAGUUUCCCGUGUUGUGGUCAAACCAAAGCGGUCGUCGGUGGCGCUUACCCGCGGCGCGACGUCAGUCGUUCCCCUGACGUCGCUCGGCAUCAUGCAUUCGGGCUGGCAACAGCGACGGCGUGGCAGCUCGCUCCUACGACGCUUUGGGAGCAGCAGACAAGACUCGUUCGCACCCUUGGGUCGGUUCCGGGCGCCGGUCUCGGCCGAGCAGUAUGAAGCGAUUAUUGAGCGCAAGCAGAUUGCUUCGACAAUCUUGGCGGACAUUCGCUAUUUACUUGAAGCGGGCCGGAUGGCGUCGACACCACUGAAGGUUAUUUGUCGCCACCGGACCGCGCGCCGCGUCUUCUCGGUGCUGCAGCGGUACCCCGUGUACCUCGACUACCUCCGAGACCACAUUACGUAUCUCGACUACGACUACAUUCGGAGGCUUUGCGGCGAGAUGGCACGGCGACAGCGGUGGCAGUUUUUCCAGCCAGAGCGCACGACCGACGUGAGCUCGCGCGUCGACCGCGCGACGCCAGGACAGUCACAGUGGACCGAGUUCUCCUUGCGGACGAAGCGGCCCGUGUCACAAGCGGUCACAACAGCCGUUGAACUUGCAGAUAUGGAGUAAGUGCCUCAAAGAGCAUAGUAUCGACG